AUGCCUGGAAACCGCAGCAGCAGCAGCAACAGGGAAGGCAGCAGCAAUAGCAACGGGACGCAGCAGCACCCGCAGCAGCAGCAGCCGCCCAGGCCACAGCAGCGGAACCGUCGCCCGCACCCGCCACGCGAGGCACACGGCACCAGCAGCAAGGCGCCGCCUUCGGAGCUUGACCGCCAGAUCUGGGGUGCGCGCUCGGCAGGCGAGGUGCUGCAGGUGGCGGGCAGCAGCGCCGACCUCACGCCUGCCAGCGCCGCCAGCGUGCUGAGCACGCUGGCCCGCCUGCUGCGCGGCGCUGACGCCGGCCAGCGGCAGCAGGCUCGCCACCACCCCGCCCUGCCGCGCAUGUAUGACCUGCUGCAGCACGGCGCACCGCAGCUGCCCCUGCGCAGCCUGGUGGGCGUGCUGCAGCAGUGCGUGUGGCUGGGGCUGCGCCCGCCGCAGCCGCUGCUGGCGGCGGUGACCGAGCAGCUGGUGCGGCGCCUGCCGGCGGCGGCACCCACCGACGCCUGCCACGCCGCCUGGGCGCUGACCCGCCUGUCAUACGGCGGCAUCUCCAGCCUGUUGGGAGCCAUCGAUGCGCAGGUGCGGGCGCAGGCGGAGCAGCAGCAGCAGGCGGAGCAGCAAGCUGAGCAGCAGCAGCAGGAGCAGCAGCAGCAGGAGGAGCAGCAUGCUAGGCAGCAGCGGGAGCAGCAGGAGCGGGAGGCGGCGCCGCCGCCCUGGCUGGCCGUCCUGCCCGCCGCCUCCCUGGUCAACCUGCUGUGGGCGUGCGGCAAGGCAUCCUACCGCUCCCAGCCGCUCCAGGAGGGCAUCGCGCGCGCUCUGCUGCGCUGCGCCGCCACCGGCGGCGGCGGCGGCGGCGGCGGCGGCCUCGUGCGCCCAGCGGCGGCCCCGCUGGCCUCCCUCACCCCCCAGCAGCUCUCCAUGCUCUUCUAUUCCAUGGGCCAGCUGCACUGGGUGCCCAGCGAGGAGGCAAGCAGGGGCAGCCCUCCGCAGCCGCCAGCCCGCUUCCUGCGCCACGCGGCGGCCGCGUGCCGGCGCCAGCUGCCCUCCUUCACCCCGCAGGGACUGUCCAACGUAGCUUGGGGCAUCUCCCGCCUGCCCCGCGGCGCCCAGCCCGGCAUGCAGGCGCUGGCGGCGGCGCUGGCCGCGGCCGCCGCCCCGCGCCUGGCCCAGUUUGGCACCCAGGAGCUCAGCAUGCUGGUGACGGCGGCGGCGGCGCCAGGCCCCGCCUGGUGCCGCUCCCGCGCCGCGGUGGUGCAGGCGGCGGCGGGCCAGAUCCCGGGCCGCGCGCACGAGCUGAGCGAGCGGGACCUGGUGGGCAUGCUGUCGGCCUUUGCCACCGUGCGCUACGAGCCGCCUGCGGGCGUGCUGGACGCGGCGUGCCGCCGCCUGGCGCACCUGCUCCCCGCCGUGCCCGCCGCCUCCCUGUCCUGGCUGCUGUGGUCGCUGGCCCGCAUGCCACGGUACCGCACGCCCCGCCCGCUGCUGCACACGGCGGAGGCGGCGCUGCGGGGGCAGGCGGGGGCGCUGCACGGGCUGGAGGGCGCUGACCUGGCGCGGCUGUGCUGGGGCCUGGGAGAGCUCCACUACUACAGCGGCGCGCUGCUGGCCGACCUGGCGUGUGCGGCGCGCGGCAUGUGGGAGGGCAUGGAGCCUCAGUCCAUGGCCAUGGUUCUGCACAGCUUCGCUCAGCAGCAGUUCACGCCGCAUGAGCUGCUGGAUGCGGCGGCGGAGCACCUGGCCGCCAACCUGGAGCGGUACAGCCCGCAGGCUGUGGCGGUGGUGAUGUGGAGCUUUGGCAGGCUGGGGGUGCACCCCGGCCGCGGCCUGCCAGGCGGCGGCCCGUGCACGCCGCACCCGCAGGAUGGCACCCCGCUGCUGGCCGCGGUGGCCGCGUGCAGCGCGCAGCGUGCCAGCCUGCUGCCGCCCGAGCAGCAGGGGGGGCCCGCGGGGAGCAGCCUGGCAGCGGGGGAGGCGUUCAGCCUGCAGGGCCUGUCCAUGCUGCUGUGGGCGUUUGCCACGCUGGAGCACCACCCCGGCGAGGAGCUGCUGGCGGCGGUGAGCGCCCGCUUCGUGCAGGCCCUGCGACAGUGCCAGCCCAGGGCCCAGCCAGCCGGCGGGGCGGCAGCGGCGGUGCAGGCCUCGGCGGACGCGCCGGCGGCUGGGCUGGCGGGCGGGCAGCAGCAGGGCACUGCAGGGGACCCGGCUCUGCUCAAGGCCCUGUCCAACACCGCCUGGAGCUUCAGCAAGUUUGGGUUUGCAGACGAUGCCUUCUUCUGGGCGGCAUGCGAUGCCCUGCCGGCGCUGCUGCCUGGGCCGGCGCCGUCGGCGCCGGCGCAGCAGCACGAGCAGCAGCCGCAGGAGCAGCAGCCGCGGGAGCAGCAGCCGCGGCAGGAGGGCCACCAGGCGGAGCAGGCGCGGCACCAGGGCGCAGGCGAGGCGCACUCGAUUUCCUCUCUGGCGUUUGCUGCCGCCAAGCUGCGGGUGGAGGCGGCGCCGCCGCUGCUGACGCGCCUGCUGCCCGCGGCGCGUGCUCGCCUGGGCGACUGCUCCACGGAAGAGCUGUGCCAGCUGCUGUGGGCGCUGGCGCACGCGGGCGUGCAGCCGCCGCUGGCGCUGCUGGACGCGGCGGCGCAGCGGCUGGCGGCGCUGGUGGAUCGCGCCGCCGCCGGCGGUGGCGCCUGCCCCGACGAGGCGCGCCUGCUGUGCAUGGUGGUACACGCGCUGGCGGGGCUGGCGUACCGUGCAGACGCCGCCCUGCUGGAUGCCUGCGUGGCAGCGGUGGCGGGCUGCGCCCCGGACGUCUCGGUCAGCCUGCUGGCCAAGCUGGUGUGGGGGUGCGCCCACGUGGGCCACGACCCGGCGGCAGCAGCGCUGGAGGCGGUCACCUCCGACCUCUACCACCGCCUCUCCCACAGCCGCGGCAACAGCACGGUGCUCAACACGCCAGACCUGGUGCACCUGCUGUGGGGCCUGGCGGCGCUGCAGCAGUACCACAGCCAGCUGUACCGCGCCAUCGCGUACCGCGCCACGCGCCUGCCCGACGGCGUGCCCGACCAGCCCCAGCUGCGCCGCAUGCUGCGGGAGGCCACGGUGCUGCACUCAUGCGAGCACCGGCUCAACCCGGUGGCUGCCAAGGCCGCCGCCGCCAUCCUGCCAGCCUGGAUGGCAGAGCCCCGGGAGGAGCAGGGGCCAGUAGAGCAGCAGGAUGGGGAGCAGCAGCAGGAGGGCGAGGAGGGGAGCGCGGGCGACAACGGCAGCGACAGCGACGGUACAGGCUUGGCAGCCGCUGCCGCGGCGCCGCGGCAGCAGGACCUGCGUGCGGCGGCGGAGGCUGCGUGCCGCGCGCUGCAGCGGGCGGGUGUGGCGGCCAGCCUCAAGCAGCUGUCGUUUGGCGACUUCAUCGUUGUGUUUGGCCUGUCGCCCAGCGGCGAGAGCGGCAGCAACGGGAAGAGGAGGCCCCUGGCGGCCGUCGUCCCUGCCACCACCGCCGGCCGCGCGGCGGUCAACGCGCCGCACCAGCUGCUCGGCAGCGCACUGGUGUCGCAGCGCGUGCUGUCGGCUCGCGGCCUGCCGGUGGUGCCCGGCGUCGACGGCGAGGAGGAGCUGGUGGCUCACUGCCGUGGGCUGCUGGCUGAACAGCGGUGA